UCAGCUAUUUUUCACUCAGCAAUUUUGUUGAUACCAUUCACUCCACUUGAACCAAUCUUACUCAAACAGAGCCGUCAAACUACACAAGAUGAUGCUACUACUGCUGCUCUGCUGUGCUCUUGCCUCGGUUCACGCCUCUGAUUUUCCUCCCCCAAAAGAACCUUUUACCCUAUCCUGGACCGGCGCUCCCAUGGUGUGGCCAAACGAAGCUGCCAGAGACCUGUAUAAGUCCGCUGGAAACUUUGACCCGAGUCACAUGGUGGGCACUAGGUUUGCCUUGUUCAGGGAUCAGGUGUUCAUGGUUUUCCCGCGUUAUCGGGAAGGAGCAUGCGCGACUCUGGCCAAAAGUUCGCUGCUCGUCCCCAGCGGAGAGCCCAGCUGGGAGCCGUUCCCCUCCUGGCAAGCUCAAACGGAGAAUGACUCCAACGGGCUGCAGAACGUCAUCGACGUGGUCUUGGAGCAGAGUCCGAAAAAUACACUGUGGGUUCUAGACAAUGGGAUCGUCGACACUUUGACCGCUCCCAAGCUCAAAUGUGCUCCAAAGAUUGUUGGGUUCGAUCCCACCAAUGGAAAGAGAUUGCAUACCAUAGAGUUAAAAGAGUUCAUACUGCCACACUCACGUCUCCAAUACCUUGCCGUGGACACGGACUCGACAGGGCAGAUUACUCUAUUCGUCAGUGACGCUGGUGCGAAUGCCGUCAUCGUCUACAACCUGGAUAAGGACUCAGGUUACCGAGCAGUACUUCCUGAAGUCAUAUCUGACGGGUGCAAGGCAUCUGGAGACAUCCUUUACAUUGCGACGAUCAAGAACAAACCGGGAGUGAAUAAACUCUAUCUGACGUACCAUUGCGGAAAUGGCAUCUACUCUCUAAAUGUAGCAGACCUUCGCGCAGGCACUACUGAAGGCACGUUGGAAGUCGUCUCACAGAAUAAACCCGAGAAGAUGAUCAUCAUUGGAACGGCAACUUCCGCAGGUGUCUUGUACUUCCGAUACGACAAAGACCCUAACGUCUAUUCCUGGUGUGUAGACGAGGAGCUUACUAAGGAAAAUGUGAAGGAGAUCCAUCACGGGGAGUCUUCCCUCCUAGCGACACACGCUGUGCUCGACCCCCUCCGUAAUAGAGUGAGAAUUCUCCUCAGUAACUUCUUGGACUUUCUCAAGGGUUCCGUGGGAGUGGGUGCAGUUCAGGUCCUUAGAGCUGUUAGUUAGCAUUUCUGUAUGUUAUUUCAUUUUGUAGUUGAUUUUUUUCAUAUCUUAUUCAUAUAUUUAAAAUAUUUGAUAUAUUAUCGAUAUUGACCUUAACAAAUAUUUCUAAGGUUCGAUUAGGGCAAAUCAAUGUAUCCUAACUUAACUAAAUUAAAACUUAAGUUGACCUUUGACCCUACGAGUUCUUAUAUUGUCGUUUGAAUUGAAACUCGGUUGGUAAAAUGAGACAAUUAUUAUUUAUAAUAAAUGCGGCUAUUAAAAGUUCACAUAGCACUUUUAUUUUUACGAAGCCCCAUACUAGACUUGACAGUUUUAUUCUAAACCCGCUCAACGAUAAAGUGUUGAAAAAGCUCUCUUAUGUUUACAUCCAACAAUAGUCUUGAUUUAUUUAGCGAGUAAAAUGUUAGCUUGUAUGAAUUUCUGCAAACCUGAUAUUUUAAAAAAUCAAAAGAGAAGAAUCAAGCUUAUGGACUUGCUCAAACCAGGACUUGUUUACAACUACUCAACAUUUCUUAAUUAUAUUAAAAUACAUUUGUCAUAUAUUUAUAAAUAAAUAAAAACACCUUCAUUUACGAGCAUCUCUCUGUACAAAAACUACUUUACGGAGACUCAAAUACUCAGGCACUCACAAGGGUGAUGUUGAAUUUAAUUGAUGCCGAAUUUGUUUAAAAAUUACCUAUAAUUUGUAUACUUUGAAUGUAAGAAUGUAUAUUUAUUUGUUAUAAACAGAAUUUGGAUUCUCACAAAUCGUUCAUGAAUAUAUAUCCAUAUAAUUAUUUCCAUUAUAUGUUUAUAAACUGUGUAUUCUAACUCUAUUUACUGGAGGGGUGUCAUAUGUACAUCUAAAUUACGAUCCUAAAUAUAUUUUCGCUUUUAUAAUUAUAAA